AUGUCGAGUCCUCCAUGGCAGGAUUCGAAAGAACCUCCUGAAGCUCAAAGCGAUCCAAAUCAGCCUUCGACUUCUUAUCCGCUUCCUGGACAAAGAUCUUAUCUCGAUGCUUCUGCAGAUGAUCCAUCUUUUCUCGUUCCUUCUACUUUCACUGGAAUUUCCUAUGAAGUCGAUGAUUCACCGCGUAUGUUGGAUUAUUCUUACGAUCCUCAUCUGUCGCUCUCUAAAUAUCUCGAAGAUGUGGAUAAUAAUGCUGAGCUCAAUGUGCCUCUCGACACUCUGAAUAUAAAUGCUCCAGCUUCAGUUCCAUCGAAUUUUUCUUAUCUCAGCGGCCCAUCAUCUUCCAACAAACCGUCAGUAUUUCGAAGUAGCGCUUCACCUUUGGAUGUGCCUCAGUUUUCUCCUACUGAAUGUGCCACUGAGCUAGUUCCACCAUCUGCUCCGAUGUCUUCUGAGAGUCAGUAUAUCCCCUCUCCUUCGGAUCGCAGUGGAAGUGUGGUGACUGAGGCACGAUUGAGCACUGUAGGGCAGCCCGCAGCUAGGGCCACGCUUCAAGAUAUCCAGGAGACUCGCUAUGAAAGUCCAAAAAAUCAUGAUGAGAGCUGGAUUAUGCGAGCUUUUUACUCCAGUUCUGAGGAGUUCAAUUCACCCGAAGACUGGGAGACAAGGAAGUCAGCCAGUAAUGAGGAAGAGGUCCAUUUGGAGACUAAUGAAUCAGAAGAGGGGGACGAUUCACUUGUCGACAAACUGUUUGAAAUGCUUGAGAGAGCUGAGGGAUCCGAUGAGGAACAAGGCGAACGCAACGAUAACGAACAGGACACGACCAUAACGAACGAACCACAGCCCACACCUCAGGCAACCCCAAUAGUUUCUCCCAAGGCUUUGUCCACGAAGUACCAGCGGGAAUCUUCUCCACAACCUUCAACUUCACAGUACCCCCAACCUCAGAUUCCCAUCGACUACUCAGAGGAAUCAUUCCGUGCCCAGGCUGGCUACGGACCGCCGCAGGUUUCUUAUGCGGCUUCUAGUGAAUUUGGGCCGCCAUACAAUGAAGCAGUGCAAACGAUGGAGCAGCCAUCAAUUGCGCCCGCUCCUAUUCCUUCGCUAAUUUAUAGCAGACCAUCUCUUCGAGCCGCAAAUGCAGCUGCAGGGCCAGGGCCAUCGAGUUCACGUGUUCAGCAACCAGCAACGCAUCAAUACUUUCGUCCGAUAACAACUACGGAUUACCUUUCACAGCCACCAAUGCUUGACGAAAGCAUGGACUAUUCGCAAGUGCAAUCUUCCUCACAGAGUUUUGCCGAUCCCUGGACCACUUCCAUCUAUGGGCAAGCUGCAGAAUCCGCCACCUACCUGCCCAUGGAGCAGGAACCAACACCUCAAGUCCAGGAAUACCUUCCGGCAGAGCCCACACCAAUCAAAAAUAAGGUACCACCGAAGAAGACGACAAAACCAAUUCUGUCAAGCUCUUCUCCCCUCUCAAGUGACAGUGGAACUACUACUGAUCCCGAACUUUGGGAAUCCGUCUCAAUGCGAAGAAGUCCCAGACCUGAAGGAGAGCAAACCCGAGCGGAGCCUCGACCGAAAGGUCCACCAUUUGAACAAAAAGGUCCAACGUUCAACAAAGAAGUCCAGCCAGUUCCUCCACCACCUCCUUCUUCACCAGAACAAGUCGAAAGAGAGAAACCUCUCGAAGCGAUGACAUCAGAAGAAUUAGUCCAUCAAUUUGAAGUCGAAACCGAUCGCCUGGAGGAAGAGGCCCUCCGUCAGAUAGAAGAUUACGAUCGACAAGAGCAACUCAGCGAACUCAGAAAAAAGAUGUGUGAACGUUUCAAGAAAUUCUAUCCGAACCUAUUCGGUGACGAGGAUGAAGAAGAAGUCACAGAUACGGGAACAAAGGCUUCCGAAGAGGAGGAUGAAGAUGAGAGUGGCAUUCCUGUGGAUGGUAAAGUUAUCCGAAAUGGUAUACAACUUGCGGCUAGAUAUCUCGCUUUAUGGUUUCCUGAUAAAAAGGAGCGAAGGGAGAUGAUCCCAUGGAAUACGUUAAGGAAAAUCAAACCGAUACGUCUUUGUUUUUUGGAUAAUCGCGUAGGCCAUGGAGAGUACGAGACCUUCGACAUUGGAGAGUUUGUCACCACUACCGGACAUAUGAUGUUUGCUUACGGUGAUGGUCCGGAAGCGCUGGAUGAGACUAGACUUUUUGUGCUCGAUAUAGUCCGACAGCAGAUGAAUAUGUUAUUACGGCGAAAAUGGUGUGAAAUAGUGGAAAAACAUGAAAGGAGAGUCUUCACAUAUUCUCACAUUUUCUCGCUUUACAAGAAACAUCCAAUUCGAUUAAGACGUCUGGUUCGAUAUCUUGUGGAACAAAAUCGUCAGCGGCACAUGAUAUAUAGAGUAAUGAUUGAUCAAGGACAUCGAAGAGGUCAGGAGUACUUUGAAAAUCGCAUGGGAGUAAAUGAAACAGGUGCCACGGAAGUGAUAUGCUUGAGGAAACGUGCCCCUCACAUCUACUAUGCCCUGGAACAACAAUAUAAAGACCAGAUGGAUUUUCUCUGUGAAGAGCGAAGGCUGCAAGAUUGCGAUCCCGAACUCGCUGAGAUCAAAAUGUUUUUGAAACGACGCAACAAGUAUCUUUCCGCUGAGGAUAAGGCAAUUUUAGAGUACGCAAGACGGGUGUCCUACUGCAGCAGAACGGGGCGACUUUCAUCAUUUCGCGCUCAUCGUUUCCAUGAGUUUAUUGGAUUCCCAGAUCUACAAACUGAUCUCAUUUAUAUUCUAGAUUUUAUGGCUAGAGAGAUUGUCAUGGAGGUCACCUACAAUGCAGCACUGGCUCGCAAACAUGAACAAGAAGAGUCCAUGUUACUGCGUGCACCAAAUCCCAUGCACAAACCUAUAUCCAAAACAAAAAUGGUAGCAGAAAGCCUUGAAUUGCGCCAUUACGAGGAAGGACUACGGGCUAUGGAGGGGUGGCGAAAAAAUCAGGAUAUACUCUUUGGAGCCGAAGAACGUCCAGUGAUGCUGUCUUACGGUAAAAAUCCUAUCAAAUGGGAAAGUGACGAUGCCUACAAUCAGAGGGAAGCAGCAGAACGUAAGGAGUUUGAGAAGGAAGGACCUGUUUUGAGGCGAACUGUCUUCAUGUCGUCAGCGGAACUAUGGGAAGAACACAAAAAAGUGCUACAUGGAGAAUAUUGGGACAGUUCAGCGGAAGAUCUGUCAAAAGAGGCAAUAGUAUUCGCAAACGCUUGCGCAGAAGCGCAGCGUCUUAAAGUAGAACUUGAGCAGCCACCAGUUCCUCCAAAAUGGAAGCAGCAUGAAGAAAGAAGUGCACAAGAAGAGCGAGUACGUCUUGGUAAACUGAGAGAACUCAAUCGCUUGCAAGAAAAGGAGAAACAUUUGACGGAACAAUUGGUUAAACUUAUGGCCAAGAAUAGCCUCAGCGAUGGCGAUGGCGCAGAUAAUGGUCAGCGAGGAAUAAUAAAUGGGAAUUUUGACCUUGAAAAGACAAGAAAGGCAAUUUAUACGGCUGUGCGUCGUCGCGAAGAGCAGCAAAAUACUCAAAAGUAG